AUGCUCCCCGCCACCACGUUCAAGCCGCUUCACAGGGAUGAGCACGAGAAGCGGCGCGAGGCGGAGGAGGAGAUCCUCAAAGCGGACCGCCACCGUUUUGGGAUGAGUGAGGAGGAGCGCGAGGCAUUGUGCCGGAUGAUGGAGCGGGCGUUGAAAGCCCUUGACUUCUCCUUCGAGGAGAUGCAUGGCUUGGCGUCCGAGCCCAUCGUGACUCGGGGCGGGACGACGAGCCGCAACGUCCUGAAGGUGUUCCUCGGCUGGCACCUACGCCACGGGGGAACUCCCCUUGCUCGCCGGGCAGGCACAAGAAGCGCCUUGACAAGCUUUGCCACUCCCGCUGGAAAAGCGGUUCGUAUGACACCGAUGACAACGCUGAUGAGCAGUCGCACUCGAAAUGUCUGCCGGAAAGCUCAACUUCGACGGCAAUUCAUUCAAGUGGGGAGCGCGCCCUCGCUACCUGGGCUGCAUUGGCGGCAAAAGGCGCCAGCCCCACCCCACCGGGGAGGCCGACGGUGCACUCUGUGGUCCAACCAGAUCCCACUUCUGCAGGCCGCUUCGCCGCCCUCCCCCCAGCAGAUCCGUGAUCUGAACGAGUGCUUGCUCGGCGCAGCGCUCAUUCAUCUCAAGGCCGCCGGCUUUGCUCACAUCAUGGGCGUCAACGUCGUUCACAAGGUCGAUUCGAAGGUGACCAACCCGAUCUUGUUACCCCAGGAGAUCCGCCGCAUCGUCGCGACCAAGUCCGAGGCCUUCACGAUUGUCCGGCAGUCGGAUGUCUGGAGCCACAGUGAGCCCUUGUGGCUGCACAACACCUCCGACCAGUACUUCCUCGAUUUUGUUCAAGGCUCCAACGUCGGCUUGCAAUUCUCCUCCACACCGGAGCGGUACAAGAUGCAUAUCUUCGUCUUGGACUUCGAGAACGUCUCCCCUCUGUUCAUGCGCCUGUGCCAUCCACUCGGCUCCAACACCGUUCUGCUUCCAUCCCGGACCGCGCGCCAACGAGGUCUCGUCCACACGCACUACCAGCAAGACGCCGGCCAACCUCCGAUCGACAGGUUCGACACUGCCGUUCGCGCGAUCCCAUUCACGAACGACGUGGGCGUUCAGAUUCCUGGUCAAGCGCUCUCUUGUAAGCAGUACCCCGUUGAGAAGUUCAACAAAGUCCGCUUGCUUGAUCUGGUCAAGGUUGCUGCUUCGAAGCUCUUGUCCGACCCCUUCAAUCCCUAUUCCAUUGCCAAGCCCUACAUGCGCAACGACCGUCCCACGGUGAUGGAGAUCAAGCCGGUCGGUCAUCGCCAGAUGUCUGAGGUCCCUACCACCAAGGCUGACCUCGCGGAAGAGGAACGCUCCUAUGAGCUCGCCUACGGUUUCAUGGAGAACAUGAUUCAUAAGCACGUGUCCACGCUCCUGCGCCUCAUCAACAUCACGUGUCCCUCCAUUGCCGCCAUCACGCUCGUCGUGACGCACCAUGUGGCGAAGCAGGCUCGUGCUGUGGCUCAUCUCGUUGUCGGCUAUGAAGAUUUUGGCCACAGUGACAAUGUCGGCAUCGUGGGUGGUAUCAAGCUCCUGUGUGACCUCGGAAUUCCCUCGGAGAGCUGGAAGCUGAACCGGGAGCCCCAGAGGGAGGCGAGAGAGGCAGCUCUCCAAUCUCGCCCACAUCAGCACCCCAUUCAUCACCCUCUCCCUGCUCCUCCUUAUCGCUACGAAGUCAUGAUCCUCCUCGCCCUUGCCAAAACGCGCCCCGAUCUGACGACGCUGGCCCACGUCAAGGAGGCGUUUCUGCAGGGACGAACCAGCCGGGAGCCCCAGAGGGAGGCGAGAGAGGCAGCUCUCCAAUCUCGCCCACAUCAGCACCCCAUUCAUCACCCUCUCCCUGCUCCUCCUUAUCGCUACGAAGUCAUGAUCCUCCUCGCCCUUGCCAAAACGCGCCCCGAUCUGACGACGCUGGCCCACGUCAAGGAGGCGUUUCUGCAGUGGGUGGACUCGCCCUCGAGUCCACUCUACCGCUCAACCGCCGCUCUCGCCGCCCUCAAGGCGGAAGCUGUUGAUCCCGUCUCGACGCCGUCGGCGAUGAAUUGCACCAAAGCUAGCGUCGUCCAAGCAGCUCGCGCACAGUACGCCGAGACUUUGAACCUCGCGGCUGAGCUCGGGUUUGGCCAUGCCACUAUGACUAUCCUGUCGACGGCCGAUUGGCUUGUCCGCGGCUAUGUCGGCCUUUCGUCUCGCACGAGCGUGCUCCGUGACGUGUAUAGCAAGCAUGUUUGGGCUCGCCGCAGAUCGAGCAAGAAGCGUCUUGAUUUCCUCUCCAGCUCGAUCCAGCGCGGAGAGUUGGCUCAUCAGAACGGACGGUGGGCCGUUCACGAGGUGUCAAAGAAGCCGAGUCUCCGUAGCGGUCAAGACCGUCAGAAGCUAGAGGACUGGCGCGCGAUCGUGCAAAAAGCGAAGAAGCUGUCGAACCAGCAGAUGGAGGAGGCAAUCCACAACGGAAAUCGCUCUGCCGACGGUGUGAACCACCUCACCGGAAACGACAUCGUCAAAAAGUUGAUAAAAAUUGUCAAGCAGGAAGGCGAGGCGAGGGCGAGGGCCGGCAAGGUUGGGCGCAACUGGACGCAGAGGGAGGACCAAGUUAUCGCGAAGCUCCUCCGGGAGUGCAUCGACCGAAAGGGCGAGGGGGCAGAAUUCUCAUACGCCGAAGCUACCGACCUCCUCCCGACCCGCUCCCGCGACGCCAUCACCAGCCGUAUCGGGCAGAACAGGGCGUGCUUCCUUGACCUGGUCAAGGAGCUCGGCAGCAGCACCUACGUGGCGCAGGUCCCUACCAAGGGCAAAACUCGCGCUCUUGCCGCGAUGACGGACGGCGGGGAUGGGCGUCCAUCCAAACGCCGUCGGUAA